AUGGCAGCGCCGCUGCGAGCCGCCCUGGCGCUGGGGCUGCUGGCGGCCGCGCAGCCCGCACCGGGCCCGGGACAGCGGCGGCAGGCAGAGCUCUUCCUGGAGAAAUACGGCUACUUCAGGGAGCCGGGGGCCGGCAGGCACAGCCCCGCCGAGUUCACCGCGGCGCUGAGGGAUUUCCAGCGGGUGACCCACCUCCCUCCCAGCGGGGUGCUGGAUGCCCCCACCCUCCAUCAGAUGGCUCUGCCCAGGUGUGGCACGGAUGAUGGGCACGGCCGCGCUGCCGGGGCACCGCCCACCCGGCGCCGCCGGCGCACGGCACAGCACGGAGGGCGGUGGCCCAAGCGGCACCUGACGUACCGCGUGGUGAACCGCCCGCCCUACCUGCCGCAGCACGGCGUGCGCCUGGCCGUGCGCGCCGCCUUCCAGCUCUGGAGCAACGUGUCCUCCCUGCUCUUCUGGGAGACCCAGGACGGCCCCGCCGACAUCCGCCUCACCUUCUUCCACGGGGACCACAACGACGGACUCAACAACGCCUUCGAUGGGCCAGGAGGUGCCCUGGCUCACGCCUUCUUCCCCCGGCGAGGAGAAGCGCACUUUGACAGCGCCGAGCGCUGGUCCCUGCACAGCGGCAAGGGGCGCAACCUGUUCAUCGUGGUGGCCCACGAGGUGGGGCACACGCUGGGGCUGCAGCACUCGCCCGUCAAGAGCGCCCUCAUGUCACCCUACUACAAGAAGCUCAGCAAGGAUUUUGUCCUCAGCUGGGAUGAUAUCUUGGCCAUCCAGAGUUUGUACGGAAAGCCCACCAAGGGCUCGGCCAUCCAGCUCCCAGGAAAGGUCUUCACUCACUUCCAGGACUGGAACACGGACCUUUACGGCAGGGACCGGCAGCAGAGGAGCCUCAGCACCUAUUACUGCCACUCCUUCUUCGACGCCAUAACCGCCGACGGGGAUCACAACCUCUACAUCUUCAAGGGCAGCCACUACUGGGUGGUGUCAGCCAGUGGCAAUGCCAGCGAGCCCCAGGCACUGCAGCCACGCUGGCCCGGCCUCCCCGCCGGCAUCGACGCCUGCGCCUGGUCCCAGAGCAGUGGCAAGUUCUACUUCUUCAAAGGUGGCCGCUGCUGGCGCUACGCGGGCUCCGAGCUGGAGUCGGGAUUCCCCCGCAAAUGCAGCGCCCUGGGGCUGCCUCGGCACCCGGACACCGCGCUCUACUUCCAGCAGCUCCGGCGGCUCGUCCUCUUCAAAGGCGCCAAGUACUUCGUGGUGGGCGAGGAUCCCCUGGCCCUGGAGCCCUACUACCCGCGCAGCCUGCGGGACUGGGCAGGGCUGCCCCCGGGCACCGCCGGCGCUCUCACCCACCGCGACCGCUCCGUCUACUUCUUUCGGGAUGAUCGCUACUGGAAAUUCGACCAGGCUAAGCUGCAGGUGGUGGCCACGGGCAAAUGGGCCACGCAGCUGGCCUGGAUGGGCUGCUGGGACGCCAACAGUGAGCAGGUCCUGUUCUGAGCACAGCCUGGUGGGAUGAAACGGGGGUCUGGACCUUACCUCGCCUGGAUCCCUCUGGGUGUGACUCUGCUCCCUGUCUGAGGAUGGUUGGGCAGGGACUGGCUGCCCCUGGGUGGCUGGAGCCGUGGGAUGGUGGAGCAGUGACCCAGCAGAGCUUGGAUGCAGCUGGGACAGAGCCAGGUGUGCCACAGCCAGGUGACCUGUAGGAUUUGGGACUGUAUUUUUUAUAACAGACCACAGAAAAAAAUGUAUCAGCCAUGGAGACUGCAAGCACAGCCACUUCUGUUAACUUUCAGGAUAUUGUUACACGUGUUUUUCAAACCAGGACUGGGGUUUGGUGAUACUUUUUGAUAUCUUUGUUGAUACUCGUUGAUAUCUGUCAUUUUCCCUCGAUCUGGCAGAGAAGUGUCUCACUGCUGAUUGCUGUGGGGUUUAGAUGGUUUUCAAUAACAGACUGACAACGCCUCCUGCUUAAAACUAAAAGAAAGGAGACAUUUGGACAAAAAAUUUGAGUCCAUGUGGAGCUUUGCCCCUGCUGUUUGUUCAGACCCUGAGGUAUGGAGGGUUGGGGCUGUGCUCACACCCCAGUGCUCUGCUGAGGCACCACCUGGAGACCCCAGCACAGUGGGAUUUUGGGGCUGAAAGCAGCAGGGUUUGGUGUAGGAGCCUCUUUGGGGUGAAGAGAAAAGGGGGGCUCAGCUGAGCUGCUGGCCACAGGCAGCAGGAGCAUUGGCUGUGGAUGGGUUUUGGGUGCCUGGGUGGGUUCUCCUGGGCUGUGCUCACCUGGCAUCCCUCACUGUGUGCACAGAAGGUGCCUGUGCUCCGCUGCCUCUGCAAGAGACAGGAUCAGGGAAUUUCUGACUCCCUGGGACCCACCCGGGUGAACAGGGGUGACAAAUAACUGGGGGAGGAGGGGAAGAGGAGAGGGUGAGCAGGACAGAGGGACAUGUCUGUGCAUGCAGGCUCGCAGGGACAGUGUGGUUGCAUAUUCCUCAUUCCUUUCCCAAGGCAGGCUCCCCACCUGGAAACGCCUCUGGCUCCUGGGCAGGGUCACCAGUCCUGUCUGCAAAGGGCCAUGGUGUCCCAGGGCUGGGGGAUGGACCUCAGCUUCCCAGGGCUGGGAUUCUGAGGCAUUGGUGCUGAGCAAGACAGGGCUCAGCUUUAUCAAAUGAUUUACUGAAACCAUUUGUGCAGUGGUUCUGCCUGGGCUCAGAGCUCUGCACUGCUCUGCCCCUGCUGUGCUGGCAGGGUGCUGUGCUGGGGUGUCACUCCAGGGUGCCCUCCUGAUGCCAGCAGCUUCUUUCCCUCCUCUUUGCCCCUUCUAGACCCUCCCUAGAAGGGAGUGACCCUAAGCAGGGUGCCAGGGCUGGUACUUCCCGAGGGCUUUCGGUGGUGCCCGAUGCCAGCUGAGCUGUGGGUUUGGCAGGAUGGGGAGCCAGCACUCCUCCCAUUCUCCAUGACACUUGGGAGUGAGCCCUUCACGUGCAGACACAGACACAGGGUCUCCAUCUGCCCAAAACCUCAGGGGACUUUCCACUGUUUCCAGAGAAACACACAUUGUCAUGGGAAUUGAAUGGCAAUAAGGUGACGUGGCCUGCAGGGAGUCCCGAGGGCUUGGAGACCUGACAGCAAAUAAAACCAACCUCUGGA